AUGACAUUAGAAAGGAACAUUCUUCCAGAAUACAAUGCUACUGACGGGCCGGCCAUGACAACCAAAACUGCUGUGUUAGAUAUUCCUAAAAAGGAUGAACCUAUUAAUAGCCGGAACAGCCCAAGUACACUUAAUGUGCUUACAACAAGCACGGACUUGGAGUUCUCCAACAGUAUGUUACAGCUGGAGCACCUCAGCCUUACCGACAAGUCCUCCUCCAGCAGUACACCUACAGCGUCACCAAAGUCGGCACCAGUUACGCCCACUCAUGACACCACCAAUGGUGUAGAUGUAGGUUACAGAGAUGGCAGCCAGCGCAGCUUUUUUGAGGGCUUGCUGGGGUGUCUGCGCCCCGUGUGGACAAUUAUUGGGAAGGCAGCUGCUGCUGAACUAAAACAGCAAGAUGACUGGGAAACUCCUUUUGAGAAUAUUACAGACCUUCAGUGGUUAGGCAGUGGGGCACAAGGAGCUGUUUUUCUGGGCAAGCUUAAUUCGGAGGAAGUAGCGGUCAAAAAAGUUAGAGAUGUAAAAGAAACUGAUAUAAAAAAUCUUCGCAAAUUAAAUCAUCCUAAUAUAAUCUCAUUCAAAGGAGUAUGCACUCAGGCACCAUGUUUUUGCAUUAUCAUGGAAUAUUGUCCUUAUGGGCAGUUGUAUGAAAUUCUUCGUGAUGGCAAAGAAAUUCCUCCUGCACUCAUUCUAGAUUGGUCAAAACAAAUUGCCAGUGGUAUGAACUACCUACAUUCUCACAAAAUAAUUCAUAGGGAUCUCAAAUCACCAAAUGUUCUUGUUGCGAAGAAUGACAUCGUUAAAAUUUCUGAUUUUGGAACUAGUCGAGAAUGGAAUGAAAAAAGCACCAAAAUGUCAUUCGCUGGCACUGUGGCCUGGAUGGCACCAGAGGUUAUCAGAAAUGAGCCUUGUUCUGAGAAAGUAGAUAUCUGGUCAUUUGGUGUUGUUUUAUGGGAGUUACUGACAGGAGAAAUCCCUUACAGGGAUGUUGAUUCUUCUGCAAUUAUUUGGGGAGUUGGCAGCAAUAGCCUUCACUUACCAGUGCCAUCGACAUGUCCAGAGGGAUUCCAGCAGUUAUUAAAACAAUGUUGGAGAGCCAAAGCUCGUAAUCGAAUGUCUUUCCGGCAAAUAUUAAUGCAUCUUGAAAUUGCAUCUCCAGAACUUUUGAAUUUUAAUAGAGAAGAUUUCAAAGAAGCUCAGAUAUUUUGGAGAGAAGAAAUUGCAGAGCAACUACAAAAGUUUCGGAGUAAAGGUUCCCAUAUACCACAGCUUGAAGAAGAACUGGUUCGGCGCAGAAAAGAAGAGCUCAGACAUGCCCAGGAUGUCCGAGAGCAUUAUGAACGGAAACUGGAACGGGCAAAUAAUUUAUAUAUGGAACUUACUGCUUGCAUGUUACAACUUGAAAAGCGAGAAAGAGAACUCAUCAAGAGAGAACAGCAGUUGGCUAUAUAUGCUAAGCGGAGGAAGAGUAUAAUCAGACCUGUGAUCAAAGCACAAGAACGUCUUGAAAGGCUGGGCAAGAAACGAGCCUAUAAGUCAGGAUCUGAACCCACAAGUCUCCAAGAGGCAGCAGCAGCGGAAGUCGAUCCUGAUUCCCAAAAUAAAGAAGGUAGCAUGACAACCAGCUCUGAGCAUGUUCUCCCAUCACCAACUAAAGUUCGAGUUCGUAAAAGUCGUCACCGUCGUAAUAAUAGUAAAGGAUCCAUUACCACAUCUACCUCCAGUCCUAAUAAAAGUCCAACUACAGCUAAAAGCCCAACAAAGGAUGCCCUACAUGAAGAGUUGCAAUCAAAAGCAAUAACUCUACGUCAUGUUGACCCAUCAGAAGUGAGUCAGACCACAUACAAAUACUUGGGACCUAAUAUGACCCUUCGGGAAGGUCAGCUGUCUGUGUGUAAUGAAACUGUAGUAAACAGCCUUAUUGUUAGUCAUAACCUGGAAAACCAUAACUUAAACGAUGUCUGUUUUUGUUCUGAUGGUGGCUGCAGUGAUGCUGCAACAUGUAGCAGCAGCAAACGAUCUAGCCGAGCAAGUGCAGAUGUAGAAAGCACUUGUGACUCUCCUUGCAACAGCCCCACCCACAUAAGCUGUGGCUCACGUACCCACAGCCUUAAACUGAUCACGAUUGAGGAUGAAAACAACAAAAACCAGACACAACCCACCAGAGAUAGAGACUCAAAUGAAAACUUGCAUUGUCCAGUCGAGCCAGACUCUGUUCCCCUCAUGCAAGACAUAGAGCAGCCAACUACCAGCAAGCCAGACAGUCUCUCAGCAAAUAUAUCACUAAAGCGCACAAGAAGCGAUGCUGAGAUUACUCCAAAGAUAUCAAAUACACAACGGCAUGAAAGCAGCAUGGAGUCAACAGAAGAAGCAACAGAGGUUGUACAGAUUAGAAAUAUUAAGCAUUCUGAAGAUUCUUGGUCUGAGGAAGAAGGAGAAGUCAGUGAGGAUGAUGUACGACAGACUAGAACCAGACAAUCCUAUUCCACAUUAAGUUCUGAAGGAGCUUUUUCCGAAGAGGAGAACACCAGUGAACAUUCCACAAGAUACACUCCCGAUGGUCUGUUAUCAACUAACAGUUCUGAGAACUUACAGUUGGAAUUGGCUCGAUGUGUUUCAGAUGAACUUUCUGAUAAAGAAAUGAAAAUGAAACAAAUGAAGAAUCAGGUCUCUUUCUCUCCUGAACGGAUUUUUGAGGCCCACAAUUCGGAUUCUAGUUCAGAUUCUGAUGAAUGCUCUGACAUUACUGUCUCUACAACAGUCCAUCGUUCUCGGUCUUUUGAGACAAGUGGUUGGUAG